AUAAAAAUCGUCUCUCGGUCCAACAUUGCACUAUUUAUGUAAUUGUGCAGUUGUUCAAGUGUAAUUAAAGCGUUGGUUUUGUUUAUGUAUGUAUGUAUUUAUCCAUUUACUUUGAAGCCAUGGCGGAUCACACUCAUCCUCUGCUCUCAGUCCAGGUCAUUAUUAUGCCAGAGCAGGGAUGAAAAGGGGGGGACACAGCGUUUGAAUUGAGUGAGGCAGGUGCAUUUUGCACACAGCUCAUGAAUAGGCGGCUCUCCAUUAGGCACGCACGGAUCUGAAGCGCGCAUAAAUAAUGGUCUGGCACCGCUGAUAAAAAAGCGCACCUUGGGGCCUCCCCCACCCUCUGACACCCUUCUCGCUUUCUCUCUUUCUUCCCCUUCUCUUUCUCUCUCACGGGAAUUUACGCUUUUUUGUCUUUUUUUUUUUUUUUUUACCCCCCUCCUUUCAUGGCUCCAGCAUUGAGUCAAGACAACUUCUUUGAAUAAGAAGCAGACUAAUCAGGCAUAGACCAAUUUUAACGGGUGUUUAUUAUUGUUGUUGUUGUUAUUAUGGAGCUAUUAUUGAACAUGGGGCGUUAGUAUGAUUCCCUUCUUACAUGAUUAACAACCUCAGACUGGUCCCAUGUGUGCCAUGUCUGUCCCGCAUUUGCAAUCCUGCGCCCUGCAGAACCAAUCCGCUGGACGGGUGCCUUCCCACUGAGACGCAGGACGCAUAGAGACCAGGCUGCAAACAACAGCCGCUUCCCAUCAUUAAAAACAAACAAGAAUAAACGAGGAGACUUAAACAAAAGCAGCAGGAAACAGCGCAAGACUGCGUUUGCUUUUCUUUUCUUCUUUUUUUUUUGUUCCAGAAGAAGUUGCAUGCGUAAUAAGUGACAGGCAGAGAGAGACAGUCCUCCUCCGGCCGGGACAGAAGAGAGAUGGGACACCCAGGGAGAGGAUGGAGGGCACGGAUGCUCCUUGUGUGGGUCGCCGCUGUCAGCCUGGUGUCAGCAGCGGAGGGACGGAGGGUGAGGCAGCCCAGAUGUCCGACUGGAUGCAUCUGCACCAAAGAUAACGCUCUGUGUGAGAAUGUCCGAUCCGCGCCACACACUUUCCCCCCGGAUGUCGUCUCACUAUCUUUUGUCAAGUCUGGAUUCAGUGAGAUCACCGGAGGGAGCUUUGUUCACACGCCUGCCCUGCAACUGCUGUUGUUUACAGCAAACUCAUUUGACCUCAUAGAUGAGGAUGCCUUUCUGGGUUUACCACAUCUUGAAUAUCUAUUUAUUGAAAACAACAAAAUUGCAUCCAUAUCCCCAUUCGCUUUCCGGGGCCUUAAAACACUGAUACAUCUGAGUCUGGCUUACAACAAUCUCGAGACACUGCCCAAGGAUGUCUUCAAAGGCAUGGAAGCGUUGACCAAAGUGGACCUGCGAGGCAACAACCUGAUAUGUGACUGCAAGCUCAAGUGGCUGGUAGAGUGGAUGCACCAAACCAAUGCCACCCUGGAUGAGAUCUACUGCAGCGGUCCAGCCAUUCACCAGGGGAGGAGGAUGAAUGACCUGGUGCCAGACUCUUUUGACUGCAUCACAACAGAGUUUGUCUCCUAUCAGUCGCUGAAGUUCGAGUCCAUUUCGGUGGAGGCCUUCACCUUUGGUAAAGAUCAGUAUGUUGUUUUCCCCCAACCGUUUGCUGGGACAUGCAGCUUCCUGGAAUGGGAUCAUGUUGAGAUGACCUUCAGACCUUAUGACACCAUUGAAAGCACCUCGACCGUCGUCUGCAAGCCCAUGGCGAUCGACAACCACCUGUUCAUCAUCGUGGCCCAGUUGUUCGGCGGCUCGCACAUUUACAAGCGCGACGCCUCCGCCAACAAGUUCAUCAAGAUCCAGGACAUCGACAUCCUGAGGAUCCGCAAGCCCAACGACGUCGAGACCUUCGCGGUCGACGGAGAGUCGUUCUUUGUCAUCGCCGACAGCUCUAAGGCCGGCUCCACAACCGUGUACAAAUGGAACGGCAACGGCUUCUACUUCCACCAGUCACUCCACCCGUGGUACCGGGACACAGAUGUAGAAUAUUUGGAGAUUUCCAACAAAGCCCACCUGAUCCUGUCCAGCAGCUCCCAGAGGCCUGUGGUGUACCAGUGGAACAGGAGCCUGAAACAGUUCGACCGCAGGACCGACAUACCGGACAUGGAGGACGUCUUCUCUGUCAGACACUUUAGGAUCAAUAGUGAGCUGUUUAUAUGCUUAACAAGAUUCAUCGGCGACUCCAAGGUGAUGCGCUGGGACGGUGCCAUGUUCAAGGAGGUCCAGACGUUUCCCUCUCGCGGCUCCAUGGUGUUCCAGCCCGUCUCCAUCGGCAAAUGGCAGUAUGCCAUCUUGGGCAGCGAUUACUCGCUGACACAGGUCUUCCAAUGGGAGUCAGAGAGGGGCCAGUUUAUCCCAGUUCAGGAGCUGAAUAUCCAGGCACCUCGGGCAUUCGCGCUGGUCUCCAUCGAUGACCGCGUGUUCCUGCUCGCGUCCAGCUUCAAGGGGAAAACUCAGAUUUAUGAACACCUCAUGAUUGAUUUGAGUAAUUAAAAUGAAACCCAGGAUCGGCACAGGGCAAAUUCUUUACUCCCACUUUAAAGGGUUUCCUCCUGUGAUUUUGUUGAACUCGAAUCCACCUGAAGUCCCCACUAAUGCUCAGAUAAAUUAAAUGUCAGUCUCUGGGUUCUGUGACGUCAUUGAAACGACAGUAGAAUACAGUCUGUUAUACAAAAUGCCGUACUCUCCAUUUGAAAACUUGCUUUAGAACUCACUGUUUUUAGAGUGAAACUAGUUUUUUUUCCAAGCUCUGUUUGUUCUUCACCCUUUGUAGGUGUACACCUUUACAUAGGAUAUAUGUUAGUGUUGUUCACUUUAUCUGUAUUUGUCUUGUAGAACUUUGAUUUAGGGAUGUGUUAAUGUAGGUGACCAUGAUAGAACAAAUUAUUUCUUGAGAAAAGGGGGCAAAAUGCAUCGGGUGGUAAUGACGUGCAGUUGUCUCUAUUAAAGGCUAUGAACACAAGAGACGGUGAUGUUAUAUUCCCAUAGAAUUCCUCUGCCAUGUAAACAGCAUUUUCUCAUAACUCAUGACUAAAUCUGAAAACUGCCAUACUCAGAAUAAGCAAUAAUCAGUAGAGUUCUUAUUUUACUUACAUUAUGUAAAGGAGAAGUUCACGUUUUUAAGUGUGGUUGUGUGAGACACGCACACACACACCGAGACCCAACACAGACGCAUAUGGCCGCCAACCGCAAGGAAAAACAGGUUUUAGCUACAGUAUACUUGGAAUACUUGGAAUACUAGGAAUACGUUCAUUGCUUCAUUUCGCCGUUAGACAGCCUUUUCCAAAUGGAAAAACCACUUACUCUCCCACACCAAAUGCCAUAGAGGAAAUCAACAAUUUUAGAGUGUGGGAACACAGGAGUUGCUGUUCAAUUGCUUCCUCCAUCAGUAAGUUGAAAUGUGUUAUUUUGUGGCAUCGGUGGUUGAAAUCCUUUGUUUUCGAAUGAUCUAAGUGAAGCAAACUUACCAAAUUAUACGCGUGAGGCUUUUUGUCGAGUGGCUAAAGUGUGUUUUUCUUUGUUAGUGCGAUCCUCUGUGUCUGCAGGCUGGUUCUCGGCACAGAGUGUGCGCACGGCUCAGUCAAGGCUGAUUUCAUGCCAGUACUUCAUAAAACCACACUUUGAGAAAAAGAAAAGAAAAGUAAUUGAACUAUCCUUCUACUAAUACUAUGAGAAUAAAAUCACGCUCACAUCUGUCUCCUCUCAAAAAGAAAAAGCAAGAGUGUGAGCACGAAUACAGACUCUCACGGUGUUUAUUCCUGAUGAAUGCCUCGCUGGAAGCAUCCCACUGUGUCCUCUGGCUUUCACUGCACUCUUGCCCCUUUUCUCCCUCGCUGACAAAACCAUUGUUGUCGUUACUCUCCACCACUAAUAAUAGCCGACCACUGUGCUGCACCUACACUACCUGUGCUUUCACACGCUCCUCGCGCUCGGGACACAAAAGAAAACAGAACACGGAUAACGUCAUUAACGUCACUGACAACUCUUUGCCAAAUAUACUGUUUACGUAUUUGUAAAGUACUGUAUAUCAUGUCGCUUUUUAUAUGUAGAGGGGACCACGGUGGGUGUUUUAUUUUUCACAGACGUAGAAUGUAGUGUAGAUGUAUUUGUAUAUAAAAACAAGGCUCACCUUCCUAACACUGUGUAACUGGCAACUUGUGUAAAACAGUAAAGUCGUAUUUGUGUCAUUAGGGUAGAGGAUGAUAUAGUUGUUCCUUUGUCAUCUUACUGACAGACGCAAUAAAUAGUAAAUUGCUCAAUCUGA